GGUCAGUGCACUUAAAGACCACCUCUAGUGAGCAGCAGGUGAACACUGAAGAGAACAGCUCGAUUACUUUUACUCUGUUAACUUACUGUACAUUUAUGCUGCACAGGCGGUUCAAUAUUAAAAAGACAUCAUUCACAUCGGAUAUGGUGGACACGCAGACGUUCGCCUGGCCCGUGGGAUUCGGCCUGAGCGCUCUGGAACUGGACGAACUUGACGACAGCUCACACUCGCUGGACAUGAAGCCUUUCUCCACGCUGGACUACGCCACCAUUUCCGGCAUCGAGUAUGAGCCGAGUCCGCCGCAGAACGAGAUUCCACACAUGAUGGAUCUGACGCACAUGUACAGCUACAGGACGCAGGAGAACUACAGGACGCAGGAGAACUACAGGAUGCAGGAGAACUACAGGACGCAGGAGAGCAUCUACAGAGCUCACGAGAGCAGCUACACCGCCGAGGACAGCGGAUACAGAGCGCACCAGACACAAAACUCGAUCAAACUCGAACCCGAGUCUCCUCCACAGUUUGCCGAGAACAGCCUGUCACUUUCCAAAGCUCACGAAGAUCCGUCCGCCUCCGUGCUGAACAUCGAGUGUCGUGUGUGUGGAGACAAGGCCUCGGGCUUCCAUUACGGCGUUCAUGCCUGCGAGGGCUGCAAGGGAUUUUUCCGCAGAACCAUUCGGUUGAAGCUGGUCUACGACCACUGCGACCUGCACUGCCGCAUCCACAAGAAGAGUCGCAACAAGUGCCAGUACUGCCGCUUUCAGAAGUGCCUGAUGGUUGGCAUGUCACACAACGCCAUUCGUUUUGGUCGAAUGCCCCAAGCCGAGAAAGAGAAGCUCUUGGCCGAGUUCUCCACUGACAUGGACCACAUGCACCCAGAAUCGGCUGAUCUCCGAGCGCUGGCCAGGCAUCUGUACGAGUCCUAUCUGAAGUAUUUCCCCCUGACCAAAGCCAAGGCCAGAGCCAUACUGUCAGGAAAGACCAGCGACAAUGCACCUUUCGUUAUCCACGACAUGAAGUCUCUGAUGGAAGGAGAGCACAUGAUCAACUGCCGGCAGAUGCCCAUGCAGGAGCACCGGAGAUCCGACAUGGGCAUCAUGCAAGAAGUGGAGCUUCGUUUCUUCCACAGCUGCCAGUCGCGUUCGGCCGAAGCCGUCAGCGAAGUCACUGAAUUUGCCAAGAGCAUCCCGGGCUUUGUCAACCUGGACUUGAACGACCAAGUGACGCUCCUGAAGUACGGCGUCAUCGAGGUGCUCAUCAUCAUGAUGGCUCCGCUCAUGAACAAAGACGGCACGCUCAUCUCCUACGGUCAGAUCUUCAUGACCCGCGAGUUCCUCAAGAGCCUGCGCAAACCCUUCUGUGAAAUGAUGGAGCCCAAGUUCGAGUUCUCCGUCAAGUUCAACAUGCUGGAGUUGGACGACAGCGACAUGGCGCUGUUCCUGGCCGUCAUCAUCCUGAGCGGAGAUCGUCCCGGACUGCUGAACGUCAAGCCCAUUGAGGAUCUACAGGAGACGGUUCUUCACUCUCUGGAGCUGCAGCUGAAGACCAACCAUCCAGACUCGCUCCAGCUCUUCGCCAAGGUCCUGCAGAAGAUGACGGACCUGCGGCAGCUGGUGACCGACCACGUCCAGCUGAUCCAGCUGAUGAAGGAGACGGAGUUGGACUGGUGCUUACACCCGCUCCUGCAGGAGAUCAUGAGGGACUUGUACUAGUCUGUGUUUGUGAUCCUGAGCUUUGGUUUACUGCUCUGAAGUUUUUGCACUGUAACAGACAGAGAAACCAGCAGAGAGUGAUACUGGUUCGACAGAGAUUCGUUUCUGCGUCGUGUCCACUGCUGCGGCGCUGGUUAAAGAGGGCAGUACCACUGUGAAAAUGUUCUUUAGCAGGUGAUUUUUGCAUUCAUGGUCCUUACAGAUAAAGACAAGGACAUAAAAGUGACACUCCAUAUUUAAUUUUGAAUACAGCGGUGUCCAAAAGUCUGAGACUACAUUUGUAAAGAUUAAAAAAAAUAAUAAUAAAUAAAUAAAUAAACAAACAAAAGGACUGACGUUCUGUUUCUAGCUGACUGGGCAAAAAUUAAAACUCCUUUAAAGAGACUUUUUUUGCUUUCAUUGAAGUUUAAAAUGCUUUAAUGCUCAGAUUCUGUUCAUUUCAGGAGAAAUACUGCUGAUUCUAGCUUCAAGAACUACUGUCUCAGACUUCUGGACACUGUUUUACUGUGGUUCAUUUUUGGCCAUCAUCAAAAACUUGAUAAUAAGUUCAGAUUUACACAAUCUUCCGGAGUGCCACACAUGAUGUCUCCAACAUUUGUUCAUGUAGGACUGCAAUGAAAGAGAACUGAAAACACACACAAACCAGAGACUGUGAGCAGAUAAAUCUGAAUAUGUUUAUUUUAACCACUGAUAUUGGGUCACACGUGACCAUUUCUUCCUCGUCAAGCAAAUAAAACACUUUCUUAGAUUAUUUUCCAAAGAUCUGCUCUUUUUCGCCUCAAAUUCUGAUCUUAAAUAUGUCGCCUUUUACAUUUAUGAACAAUCUGUUUAAACUGCGAGGGACUUUUUUUGCUUUAUUGUUCUCGGUCAGGACUUCAAAUCAUUCUAAAGCCUUAAUUUUUUACUUUAAUUCACAAAAUGUAUGUAAAUAUGAAACAAAGAUUUUAAAAGGGAGCUCUUUCAUACAUUUUAAAUGGCAUGAUGUAAACCGUUAAAUGUCAAUUGUAUUUGAAUAUGUAAAUAAAUAUUUUCAAACUAA